UGGAGAAAUCCAGCAGUGAGAGUGAGCCAAGCCUGCUGCUGUUCUGCCUCCCUGACCCAGUUGCCAGUGCUGGCCCCACUCAUGGCACUUUGCACAUCCCAGUGAAAGCUGCCAAACUGGACGCCACAGCUUUGCACCACAAAACCUCAGCCAUUGCCCUGCCCCCUUCAGAGCCCAGCGAUAGCCCAGCACUAGCCUGUGGAGCAGGCGUCAAUGAAGAGCACUAUGUAAGCGAGGCAACCAGUUUGGAGGAUGCUCCAAAUUACAGAGAUGCUGGCACCAUUACUGACGUGUGCAAUAGUACUGAUCUUCCAGAAGUUGAAAUUAUUAGUCUACUGGAAGAGCAGCUGCCCCACUACAAGCUAAGAGCUGAUACAAUUUAUGGUUAUGACCACGACGACUGGCUCCACACCCCGCUCAUUUCUCCUGAUGCCAAUAUUGACCUAACCACUGAACAAAUAGAGGAGACGCUGAAGUAUUUCCUUAUAUGUGCUGAAAGAGUGGGCCAGAUGACUAAAACAUAUAAUGACAUAGAUGCUGUUACACGCCUGCUUGAAGAGAAAGAGCGGGAUUUAGAAUUAGCCGCACGCAUUGGUCAGUCACUAUUGAAGAAAAACAAAACACUCACAGAGAGAAAUGAAUUUCUCGAGGAGCAGGUGGAGCACAUUCGGGAUGAGGUUUCUCAGCUGCGCCAUGAGCUGUCAGUGAAAGAUGAGCUGCUUCAGUUUUAUACAAGUGUUACAGAAGAUAGUGAAGCUGAUUCAACCUGCUCAACUCCGAUAAGGCGGAAUGAGUCUUCGUCAGUCCAAAAUUACUUUCCCCAUGAUUCUCUGCAGAGGAAACUGAAGGACCUUGAAGAAGAGAAUGUUGUCCUUAGAUCAGAGGCUUGUCAUUUGAAGACCGAAACGAUCACUUACGAAGAGAAGGAGCAACAGCUUGUGAAUGAUUGUGUGAAGGAGCUAAGAGAUGCAAGUAUUCAAAUCUCUUCCAUUGCUGAAGAGUUAGCCAAGAAAACCGAAGAUGCUGCCCGGCAACAGGAGGAGAUCACCCACCUCCUCUCCCAGAUUGUGGAUCUACAAAAGAAGACUAAAUCCUACACUGUAGAAAAUGAAGAACUUUCCCAACAUCUGGGGGCUGCUAAAGAUGCCCAGCGCCAGCUCACAUCUGAGUUACGAGAGCUGGAAGACAAGUAUGCAGAGUGCAUAGAGAUGCUUCAUGAGGCGCAGGAAGAGCUGAAGAACCUGCGCAACAAGACUAUGCCCAACAGCACUCCCCGGCGCUACCAUUCGCUGGGGCUCUUCCCGAUGGACUCGCUGGCAGCUGAGAUUGAAGGCACCAUGCGAAAGGAACUUCAGCUGGACGAUCCCAUUUCUGAAGAGCAGAAGAUUCACCAUAAGCGAGUGUUUGAGACAGUGAAGAACAUUAACCAGACCGUGAAGCAGAGAUCACUGGCUCCCUCUCCCAUGAACAUCCCCGGGUCUAACCAGUCCUCCUCCCUGAACUCGGCACUCUCCAGCUGCAUGAGCACGCCACGCUCCAGCUUCUAUGGAGGAGACAUCAGCAACAUUGUUAUAGACAACAGGACAAACAGCAUCAUCCUGGAGACAGAGUCGCCUGAUGGCAGUGAAGACACUAACAAGAAGCCAGGGACCCCAGGGACACCAGGCUCCCACGACUUGGAGACGGCUCUAAGAAGACUGUCACUACGGCGUGAGAACUACCUGAGUGAGCGGCGCUUCUUCGAGGAGGACCGGGAGAGGAAGCUGCGUGACCUGGCUGAGAAGGGCGAGCUGUACAGCAGUUCCCUCAACCCCACCGAGAGCAUCAUGUCACUCAGCACCAACCACUCAGGCCUGUCAGGACUCUCCUUCAUCAGCCGCUCCUACUUGCCCGAGAAGCUGCAGAUCGUCAAGCCUCUCGAAGGUUCAGCCACUCUGCAUCUCUGGCAGCAGCUGGCCCAGCCCAAUCUGGGAGGGAUCCUAGACCCGAGGCCUGGCGUGGUCACCAAAGGCUUCAGGCCGCUGGAGCUUGACCUGGAAGAGGUGUACCAGCUUGCAGACUUUGAGGAAGACGAGUCAGGCGACCUUUCUUUCCAGGAUCUACCUACCUCAACCCCUGCUCAGCCCAUGGAGACCUCAGGUGAGAGGUCACGAGGGGAGCAAGUAACUGUUACAGAGAGCAGCACUUUCCCCAACCAGGCCCAGCUUGACAUCGUGGAGACACAGGAGCAGAAGGCUGCCGAUGAUGAGGUGUCUGUUUAUCAUCCUGGUAAAUGUAUGUCCGACACUGGCUCCACCUACACCUUCACCACCUGCCGAAUCCUGCACCCCUCUGAUGAGCUCACUCGAGUUACUCCAAGUCUUAGCAUGGGGCCCACUACCACUUGCAUUAGCAUGAACAACCUGAAAUGUACUCCUGUAGCCACCCCCAGCACUCCUCGACGCUUAAGCCUUGCUGAAUCCUUCACUAACCUGCGGGAUUCCACCAAGACAAUGAGCACCUCCUUGGGACUAGUGAGGCUGCUGCAGGAGAGGGGCAUCUCGGCCGCCGUCUACAAUCCUCGGAGCUGGGACAGAGCAGACUCCCCCCUCCUCACUCCCUGUGCACCCAGAGCAGAUAUCCUGCCCUCCACCCCACCCAACUCCCCCACUACACAGCACCAGACGGGGCCCCCUUUUGAAUUCAGGGGUUCCAGCCCCCCCUAUGACAAUUUCCUGGCUUCCAAGCCGGCCAGCUCCAUUCUGAAAGAGGUGAGGGCCGAAAGCAAGAGCAGCUGCAAUAGCGAGUGCCAGACAGACGUCAGCGUCUACAACCUCAACUUGGUGAACAAGCUCAAGAGGUUUGGGAUUGCCAAAGCAGUCAGCCCAGGGGGAACUCCACAGCCCCCACCACUGACAGACAUGCCAGGACCUUUUCUCAGUGGGGCUCAUCGAUCGGUGCCAUCCUUCGGGCCCGGAGGCCUGGGGAGGGAAGACCUGCCUUUAGGCUCCCCUGUUGUGGUCACCAGUGCCAUUGGGGGGCUUCAACUGAAUGCUGGCAUCCGACGCAAUCACAGCUUUCCUGCCAUGGUGGGGGCCAGCAUGCAGAUGAAGGGCCCUAUGCCUCAAAGUUCAGGAAUGCUAAUGGGUCCCAAGCUGCCUGAACAGACUAGCCUCCGAUAAUGGACAUUCUGUAAGAUGUUUUACUCUGGCCUCUUUUUUUUAUUUUAAUCUGGUGUUUGACAAAUCAACUCUGUGCCUGUUAAGAAUAGAAAAUAAAUACUUUGUACAAUUCUUUUUGUAAACCCCCCCCCCACCAAGAUGUUAAAAAGGAGCGUGAAAAGCUUCAAGCAAAUGUGACUUUACUCGGCUUAACCCCUUUAUGUCUAGAAUCUUCUUUUGUCACAAAACCAGUACACCAACCCCCCCAAUGCUUGCAUCAGUACUGAUCACUUAACCCUAAAACUGUUGGAAUAAAUGCCUACUGUCACCUCUAAAGAAAAAAAGUAGUGCAGUACAGGCAUAUAUAUUGUUUUCACCCCCAUAAACAGCUUGGAUCAAUAUGGAUGAAUCAAAGACAUAUGAACUCUCACGCACAACAUUGCCUUUUUUAACACUGCAGCCAAAAAAUGGUAAUAGGCACAGUAGGGGUCAUUGAGUUUGCAUUGUGGAGGAAUUGGGUGUUUUUACAUGAUAGCACAAGAAAAGAAGAACCACAUAAAACUUUUUUUUGUGACAGACCAAUAUAGCUUUGUAUAGUACAGUUAUUAAAUCAAUAUGUCUAGAAGCAGCAUCAUGAUCAAAGAAAAAAUGUAUUUUAAAAAAUAUUGUCUCCAGUUUUAAUGGCCAAAUAGUACUGCUAUGGGGGAAAUUUAUUUUCCUUAAUUGAACUAGCAAAGCAUCCAUAUAGAAUGUCAGUGGAGGACUACUGAAAGAGUGUAGUGAUGUACUUUUAGCUUUAUAGAUGGUAAGACUGAAUUAAACAGUCACAGAUCAUUCACUUUCUGACAUGGUCUGCCAUCCCAUGACUGAAUUUAUUAUACACACUGAUCCUUUUGUUAUAUAGUGUUUUUUGGUUCUUUUGAACUAUUUUAACCUAGGUCUAAAUUAAGUGAUAACGAUGUAAUACACACACACACACACACACACACACACACA